UAGACACUACCGUGAGUCGCUCACGCUCACCAAGCGCAUCUCACUCUUCUCUCUCUCACUCUCGUCUUCAUCUUAACCGAACAUCCGGUUUCUUUGAACGUUUCGUUUCCGCCCUACCCCCACCGGCUCACAUCCGCACACACCAUCCACACACCGCCACUAUUUAUAAUAAAGCGAAAAAGAGAGUGCGAGCGUGUAAGUGCGUGAGUGCUACUACUGGUGUGUGUGUUGUCGUCCAUAUAACUGUGGCUGGGCUCUGGCUGCUGUGUCAGUGUCUAACCCGCUCCUCUCUUUAGUACAGAGCAGUUGAUCCUUUUUUCUUCUUCCGCCGUGUGCAGCUGCUCGUCUAAUAUUAUACAACCGGUCUCUAUUAUUCAACCUCCUCCCCCCCUUGACUUCCGUAAUUUGAUUUGGAAAGGGCCCCAUCAGGACUAUAUCAGAAAGAGCAACUCUUCUCGAAAAAAACGAACGAACGAACGAAAAAAUAUAAGAAAAGGAGCCACAGGAAAAUAUACGUCAACCAUGUCCGGAGGGAGCAAUUCCAAUUUCCUUUGGAUACUCAAAUCGUCGCUAUUUUUCAGUACGUCCAAGAAACUGUUUGCCAGUUUCGCCGGACACAUCACCAGCAGCGCGUCCCUACAAUCACUUUCGGGGAACAAGCCGAAUCGAUGCGAAUACGAGCAGCUCUCGCCGGUGGAGGGCAACAACAACCGACCGUCGGAUCGGAAUAAAAAAAGCGGCAAGAACAAAAACGAUCGCCACCGUCGUUUCGGAUCCAUUGACAACGACGGCAACAACGGCAACGAUGACGACAGCAGCAGCAGCAGCAGCCAAGAAGAUGACGAAGAUUCCGAUGAGGACGACGACGAGGAAAUCGACAGGUUAACCUGCUGGGUCUGCGAACGAGCCUUCAGUUCCACCCGAAUCCUGGAACGUCACAAGAUCCGCGAGCGCCAUUUCGGAUGCGGAACAUGCGACGCCAUAUUCCCGACACUGAUGGCCCUCGAAGCCCAUCAAGAGGAAGCGGAUCAUUGGUCCAGCGACGACGAGGACGAGGAUGACGACGACGAUAAGGAUCUCGACGGCCGAUGCGACUUGUCCGACGACUCCCAACUCGACACGGAAGAUGAAAUGGAGCUCGAUCGCAAAGAUCGCCAACUUAAAAAGGAGCGGCUAUUCCUCAUCUAAUCGCGGGCGACAUCACCAUGGCGACCGAAACCCCCCAAAAGAGAGAGAGAGCAUUCCUCGACUGUAUUCCACACAUCACGGCCGCAACAGCAGCAGCAGCAGCAGCUUUGCAUUAUUUAUAAUAUCGAAUGUACAAUAAUAUUCCAUAUCUUAAUGCUCUCCACCACCAACCGCCACGAAAUAAUAUCCCUCCUCCUCCUCCCUCACCAGCCCGACUUCUUUUCGCUUUGCAUUUCCCAUCAUCUCAAUGUCUGUAAUUCCAUUCUCCGACGUCGAAACCAACUCUCUACCGCGACUGCACACACACACACAUAUUCUUCGAUUUUCGGCGACGAGAUUUUCCACCGGGAAAAAGGAAAAGCAAAAAAAAAAAGGGGCGAUUGCGCAAUAAAAACGGGAGCGCCGACGACGAUGGGAAAUCCCGGUUGAUCAAGACCCAUAACAGAUAUUGCCUCUGCCGCCUAGCGUUUCUCAUCUAAAUAUAUAUAUACAGUACACACACACACACAAUUCAGAGUCAACAGGGAAAAGAAAAGAAGAAGCUGAAAGAGUUAUAGAUCCAAUCCAAUAAUAACAAGUAGAUAUAUCCCCGGGAAUAUUUUUUCUUCUUUUUUCCUCGUCGACGCUUUUUGGCUGAGCCGGCGGAGCAGGUUACAACCUAUAAACGCAUCCGCAAGAUACACACACACACAACAGACAGACAGACAGACAGAGACUCUCACGAUCACGAAUCCAAUUUCGUUGGUGCCCUAUUGUAGAGCGAUGAUACUUCUCCUAUGGGUUCGAUAUUCAUGAGUGGCUGGAAGAAUCCGAUCAUGGCCAGGGAGAAAAUGAGAUGGAUAAGGCAAUAUUUCAUAUUGUGUUUAAUUCAUAAAUCAUAUCGAGAGAGAGAGAGAGUCGGGGGAUGUGUUGGGUGGAGAUAUAAGCUAGGAAACAACAGGGAGAAAGAGAGAGGUGAAUUUGUGUUUUGUUGUAAAUUUGUUUUUCUUUUUUAAAAAAGACAAAAAGGUCGGGGGGAGGAUGAAGGCGAAAAAGGCAAGAGGAGACACUCAACCGACGGACAUCAUGGCACAUAGUUGUUGUCUUUUUUUUUUUAUUAUUUUUUGUUUUAAAUUUGUUAUUUGUUUAUCUUCAAUUUUUUCUUUCUCUGGUUGUUUCCUUAUUUCGAAAUUCUCAUCGUCUUACAACUUAAUAUGGCAUCGGUGCAAGUUUGAUAAUAUCAAUGUAACAAUCGUGUAAAGAAUGAUAAUAAUAAUAAAAAUCGGGGAAGAAUCGACGAGUUCAAUUUUUCGCCACAUUAUCGGAAAGUGAGAGAGAGAAAAAACAAACAAAAAGUUGAGCAUUGGCUGUGGUGUCUGAGAGCGUCAAAGAACGAAAAUAUUGGAGGGGAGAAGUUCGUUUUUUCUUUUUCUUUCAUUAAAAGAAAAUGAUCAAAUUAAUGAAAUUGAAAAAAAAAACAAAA